AUGGAGCUGCGCGUCCUGGAGAACAACAAGCGCUCUCGCCGUAACCUGGGCCUGGACUGCGACGAGCACUCCACGGAGUCGCGCUGCUGCCGCUACCCGCUCACCGUGGACUUCGAGGCCUUCGGCUGGGACUGGAUCAUCGCCCCCAAACGCUACAAAGCCAAUUACUGCUCGGGCCAGUGCGAGUACAUGUUCAUGCAGAAAUACCCUCACACGCACCUGGUGCAGCAGGCCAACCCCCGCGGCUCGGCCGGGCCCUGCUGCACCCCGACAAAGAUGUCCCCCAUCAACAUGCUCUACUUCAACGACAAGCAGCAGAUCAUCUACGGCAAGAUCCCCGGCAUGGUGGUGGAUCGCUGCGGUUGUUCUUAGAGAUGGA